AUGAAUAAAAUAAAAUAUCAACAUUCCGGAAGUUCCGUUACAUCGAGAGUAUCUGUUGAUAUUCGGGAUACAUUUGAAUGGACAGCUUUAAUGAGAGCUUGUUCUUGUGGGAGGCCUGAUGUAGUAGAAUUUUUAUUAGAACGUGGAGCAAAUCCUAAUCAUCAUACUGAAUUGAUUACCCCUCUCAUGGUUUGCUGUACUUCAACUUACAUACCUGAAAGUAUAAAACUUAACUGUGUUAGGAUUCUUUUGCAGUAUAAUGCUCAAAUUAAUGCUACUGACAAGUAUAAAAAAACUUCAUUAAUGUAUGCUGUCGAGAGUGGGUAUAAAACAAUCGUGGAUGAAUUACUUUCAGUGCCUACAAUUAAUAUUAACGCUCAAGAUAAAGAUGGUUUUUCUGCACUUUUUUUUGCUAUUAGUAAUUUUGAUUUAGAAAUCGCACAAAAAUUAAUCGAUUCUGGAAUAAAGUUAGAUCUUGUUAAUAGAUAUGAUAAAACUGCUUUGGAUUUUGCUUUAUUGAAACAAUGUGAAAGUAUAGCAAAAUUAUUGGGUUUUACUGAAACCAAAGUCGAAGAUAACAAAGUAAAAACUCAUGAUUUAUUUGACAUAUUUAAUGAACUUCCUCUUCCUUCCGGAAAGGAAGGAUUUAAAUCGGAAGUAAAGUCAAUCAUAAAUUGUUUACCGCAUUUAGAAAGUUCAGAAUUUACCUUUGGUUUAUAUGAAUUUUUAACUGCAACUGAAAAAGAUUUACAAAAAGCAGGAGUCUUAUUCGAUUAUGACAGGAAAUGUAAAGAUGCCAUUAAUAUAUUAGGAAACUUUACAAAACAUUUAACCAUAAUAAAUGCUACUUUGGAGUAUUUAAAAUGCAGAAUAAGUUCUAGAAAAAAAAUUGGAAAUCUCAAUAUGGAACAUGAAUUACUUUCAGUUUUGACUGAUAUCUUUUGUACAGUUAAAAAUUUAAAUAAAAACCUUGUAGAAAUAGUUGAUCAUAGCAAGCAGUUAAAAAUAUCCUUUCCUGGGGAUUAUAUAAGACGACGUUCAAAAAACGUUCGUAUAUAUUUCAUGCUGCAUAUUUUAUCUGGCACGUGA